CCGCAGACGUCGUGCCCGCUCCGCCGGCUGCGGCGACCACAGCGGCCGUGCCCGCGGGCACCUGGCCCCGCAGCCCCUCGGACCCCGGCCGGCGAGUCUCCGUGCGGCCCCGGCUCCUGCGACGCGCGCCCCGCGGGACUAGUGGCUCCGGCGCGGACCCGGGGCCGCCCCGCCCCAGGCCGGGAUGCGCUCCACCGGGAGCGGCGCCUCGCAGCCCCGCGGCCCUGCCCUGCUGCUCCCGGCCGCCCGGGCCGCCCCGGCCAAGCGCCUGCUGGACCCCGACGACGCGGGGGCGCCGGCGGCCAAGUGCCCGCGCCUGUCCGAGUGCGCCGCGCCCCCCGACUGCCUGAGCCCCCCCGGCUCGCCCUGCGGCCCGCCGCCCCCUCCCGCCGCCCCCGCCGCCCCCGCCGCCGGCCGCGCCUCCGGGAGCGCGCCCGGGCCCUGCCGCCUGGCCGGCUACCUGCUGCUGCCCCUGGCCGAGCGCGACCAUGUGUCCCGGGCGCUGUGCAUCCACACGGGCCGCGAGCUGCGCUGCAAGGUGUUCCCCAUUAAGCACUACCAGGACAGGAUCCGGCCCUACGCCCAGCUGCCCUCACACAGGAACAUCACUGGCAUCGUGGAGGUGAUCCUUGGGGACGCCAAGGCCUACGUCUUCUUUGAGAGGGACUUUGGGGACAUGCACUCCUAUGUGCGAAGCCGCAAGAGGCUGCGUGAGGAAGAGGCUGCCCGGCUCUUCAAGCAGAUUGUGUCUGCCGUGGCCCACUGCCACCAGUCGGCCGUGGUGCUGGGGGACCUGAAGCUCAGGAAGUUCGUCUUCUCCACGGAGGAGAGGAACCAGCUGCGGCUGGAGAGUCUGGAAGACACACACAUUGUCAAGGGGGAGGACGACGCCCUAUCGGACAAGCAUGGCUGCCCAGCCUACGUGAGCCCCGAGAUCCUCAACACCACGGGCUCCUACUCGGGGAGGGCGGCGGACGUCUGGAGCCUGGGGGUCAUGCUGUACACCCUCUUGGUGGGGCGCUACCCUUUCCAUGACUCGGACCCUAGCACCCUCUUCUCCAAAAUCCGGCGCGGACAGUUCUGUGUCCCUGACCACGUGUCCCCCAAAGCCAGGUGCCUGAUCCGCAGCCUCCUGAGGCGGGAACCUGCCGAGAGGCUCACAGCCCCGGAGAUCUUGCUGCAUCCCUGGUUUGAGUCUGUCCUGGAACCUGGCUACAGCGACUCAGAAAUAGGGACUUUUGACCAGGUUGUUCCAGAGUACCGGGAGGACGGUGACGUCAGUUCCUUCUUCUGCUGAUCCCAGAACCUCAGGAACCUCAUCUUUCUCACACAGGCACUGCUGUUUCUGAAGGGCAGGCUGUUGUGUGGCACCAGCCACGGGGGCGGCGUGAAGGCUGUCACUGGGGAGCUCAGCACGGUGCCCCUCCUGCUUGUUGUGAAGACCGGCCUUCUCGGUCUCAACGGCCUGGAAUCCUUGGCAGGUGGCAGUCUGGACCCCCCAAUGCACACAGCCAGGAGCAGCGAGCUGGAAUGUUCUGAAGGGUAGAGGAAGGGAACCAUACCGUGGCAUUGUGGGCAGUGACCCUGCUUAUUGGCCCUGAAUAACCCAGGCCGUAAACCUGCCCUUACCAGACUCCUCUUGGGCAGCUGGCUUCUGCCGGUUCAGCUUCCCUGACCAGGAAGUCCUUCCAUCCCCCGGUUUGGUUUAAGCCUCAGCCGGUCUUCACACCCACAUCUGCCAAUGAUUCUGCCCCGUCUGUGCAGCAGUAGUCUGGGAGCAGACGCCCGCGUAAACCCAGAACUUCUUCCUUUGCCUGCCAAGCUCUCAUGGACUGACGGCUUCUUUCUGACCUUGGAAUGUUCCCCAGCUCCUUAACGUAAAAAGCGUUCACCAUGGAACAGUGUGGGGCGAUUCUCACAGAGGAGCUGAACUCUUGGGCCUUGCAGAGCUCAGAGAACUCAAGGGCCCCCCUGCCCCCCGUGUCAGUGUUCACCCUCUUCACUCCUUUCCUCCUCCGAGACCUUCUCAGGGUGAAGCCUUCUGUCUAGGAGGAGAAAGGUGAAGAGACCCUCCCCUCUGCCAGGAGCAGGUGUGCUUGAGGAGUGGGGGCCUGUGGACGUCUGCAGGACUCCCAGACCGGCUUCCCAGGCGUUAGUUGUCGGUCUGGCUAGUCUGUGUGUCUGCAGUUUUGCAUGAUGGCUUGUUUGUUUUACAAAUGCGUUGCUUAGGAAUCCACCUGGGCCAUCAGCACCUGGAGUGAAUGGCCCCAGGUCUCUGCAGCCAGAGGGGACUCUGAAAGCUGCCUAUCCCAAGUCUCCCCAUCUGCCCCUCCCAAGGCAGAGUCAUGCCCCCCUCCAGUCUCCUUCACAAGUGGGAUUCCAGCCUCUGCUUGAAUGUCCCAGAGAUGGGAGCUCGCUACCUACGAGAGAUGGGGCUUGUCAGAGAAACCACUAUCUCCAAACAAAACAAGCAGGGAUGGAAAUCCCGGUGAAUGUCGUGGACAGCACUGAAACCAGGUGGUCAGACGGGUAAACCAAAAUGCUGUAUUUUUGAGAAACGGCACAAAACCAGGCACUCAUCCUCAAGGGUUACGCCUUGGCACACUGCUGGCGCACGUGAGAACGCCGUGGAUACCUCAUGGACUGUGGACCUUGUACAUAGAUUUACCUUUUCUACUGAUGUCUGAUGUUUUCUUGUUUUUGGCUUGGAGGCUUGCUGUGUUGUCUGUGUCUGUCUGUCUGAAUAACCUGCAUGUCUGAGACCACGUGAAUGUGAAUGACUGUCGGCAGUCUUUUGGAUGGAGUCACGGGACCCGCUCGUGGAGAGGGAGGACAAGAAGCUAUGGCUGCCGGCGACCGUAUCUGUGAGACACUACCCAGCUGGGGCUCUGGCGGGAAAUCUCGGGACACUUCCCGUACAUGUGUGAGCAUGUGAACAGCGGGACGGCUGUUUGUGGCUUGUAGAGACAUUUUAAUAAAUCUGGUUUUGUAAAUAGG